AUGCAUCCUCAUCUUCACACAAAGAACGCUCUGGCGUGCGAAGAGGUCAUCGCUGCCCUCGAACAGUGCCAUAGCCAAGGCUUCAUGCACAAGGCUGUGGGAAGCUGCAAUGACGCCAAAGAGAAGGUCAAUGAAUGCUUAAAGAUCGAGCGAUCAAAGAUGCAGGCCGAGAAUCGAAAUGCUGCCCGGGCAAAGCGCGACAAAAUCCGAGAGCAGCAGCGGGAAUUGGGACUUUGA